AGAGCGCUAUGGAGUUUAACCAGAAACGCAUGUAAACAAAGAGCUGACGCAGUUUUGACGAGUUAUUUUACAGUUUUUAACGACGUAGCGCUAACGUAUUGAGCUGAAAAUAAAAUCUGGUUUAUGAAUUAACGCAUGGAGGCUAUAGAAGAGCUGUCAAUGUUAGAUUAGCUGUAUCGGGGCUAUAUUUCUUCAUUUUAUUGUAUAUUUCAGAUUACAGUCUGCGAUCCUGCAUCAUGUCUCCACCCUGGCCAACAGGAAAGAAGCUUGUGCACCUAGAUCUGAAAGGUGCACCUCCAAGAAUAAAUUAUCUUCUCAAGUUGAUAGAUCUGUUUGCAGAGCUGGGAGCAGAUGGGCUCCUGGUGGAGUAUGAAGACAUGUUUCCUUAUGAGGGAGAGCUCAAGAUGCUGCAAGCAUCCACACAGCCUGCAUACAGUAAAGAGGAGGUGAUGUCCAUCCAGGAAGCAGCCAAAGCUAAAGGACUGGAGGUCAUCCCACUCAUCCAGACAUUUGGACACAUGGAGUUUGUUUUGAAGCAAGAUUGUCUCCGGGAUUUGAGAGAGGUGGACCACUGCUUGGGCACUUUGAGUCCACACAGGGACAGGCCUUUGCAGCUGGUCAUGCACAUGCUCAGACAAGUCAUAGAUUUGCACCCAGGAAUCACCACUCUGCACAUCGGAGCAGACGAGGUGUACUUGUUGGGCGAGGGGGAGGAGUCCAGGAGGUGGCUGAGAACAUCUGGUCGCAGUGUGGAGCAGCUCUUCCUCAGUCAUGUGACCGCAGUGGCUCGGGCCGUGAAGACAGCCUGGCCGCACCUCACCGUCCUGAUGUGGGACGACAUGAUGAGGGACAUGAGCCAGGACACACUCAGGGACAGUGGUCUAGUCGGACUGGUCCAGCCAAUGUUGUGGGACUAUAACCCUGAUCUGGAUGUGGACAAAACAGUGUCACUAUUAGAGAAGUAUAGCAGGGCCGGCAUGGCGGACGUGUGGGCUGCUAGUUCGUUCAAAGGCUCCACCAGUGUCCACUGCUGUGUGCCGUCUUCUCAGAGACAUGUGGACAACACGCUGCAGUGGCUCAGGGUGGCGGAGUCUGUGUCGGUCGCGGUGCAUUUGAGGGGCAUCGCGCUCACCGGUUGGCAAAGAUAUGACCACCUGUCCGUGCUGUGUGAGCUGUUACCCGUCGCUCUUCCCUCUUUAGCUGCUUGUCUCCAGACCCUCAUCGACGGACUGUUUGACGUUAAAACUCAAGACAAGAUCACGUCCAAACUGGGGAUUUCAUCUGUGGAGGUAGAGGCGAUGGAAAGAAUUUCACAAAACACCACCAUGUUUCCAGGGAGAUUUCUGGCCGAGAUAAUAGUUGAUCUCAAUUCAUUUCUAAAUUCUGAAGACGUGCGAUACUUUGAGCACAACAUGUUUGUACGAGGUUGGUUCAGUCCUCACCAACGACAAAAGAAGAUGGUCAACCCCCUGAUCGUAAUGCAGAUCCAAAGCCAAGCUGCAGCGUAUGUGUCAGUGCUGCAGGAGAAGCUGGACGUCCUGAGAGGAGAGAUGAGCGCCCUGUACCCAGACUCCACAGUGCAGGAGUGGGAGGAGGAGCACGUGUGGCCAGUCCAAGCGUCACUGCAGAAGGUUCUGGAGGACACCACGGCCUGCCUGAGGGACAUGCUGCCGGGACAGUCAGGCUAAAGACACUUUAACCGGAGCUUUAACCGUAGAGUGUGAUGUUUGCGCCGCAGUAACACAGCCUUUAUGUUGAGGAGAGCUGAAGGAUUAUGGAAAAAGACCUAAUUGUGAUUUUUCUAACAAACAUAUUGAUUCAUAUCGAUUUGGGAUUUAUGAGUUCUUAACAAAAAUACUGAAAUAUGAACUGACAAACUAACACAAGAACCACAUUUCAGAACGUGCGUGUACAGAUCUAAUCUACAGGGUUCGACUAAAGUUUAUUUAUGUAGCACAUUUAAAAACAACUUCAGCUGCACAUAAAACAAGGAGAAUAUUGUUGCUAUUGAAGGAAAUUAUGGUGCAAUUAUGGCAGCCUCUUUGAUUAAUCUUGCAGCCUUUUAGUCAAGUUUACAGUUUAUUUUACUACAGCUUAUCCAUUAAAGCUGAGCCGUUGUUUUAACAGAGUUUCUUAUGCUAAAAUGUUGCAUGUUCUGGACUGGAUAUUUUGAAUUACAAGCCCGACUCCACAGACCGUGAUCCCUUGCGUUUCAGUGCAGUAAAAGUUAAUUUGAACAUGUUUAUUGAUGUAUUAGUAAUGUACUAACACAGUAAUGACAUGAAAGGAUUCUUCAUGAGUCCACAUAGUAUUACAUUAAAAUAAUUCCAUGAGUUUUAUACUAAUACCUACAUACACCAGUCAAACGUUUCGAUAAACCAUCUCAUUCAUCUUUUACUACUUUCUACCUUUUAGAUACACACCGAAGACAUGAAAUAUAUGAUGCAAGAUAUGUGGAAUUAUGUAGCAAAACAUUUUUUUAAAUAUAUUUUAUAGUCAUAUCCUCCAAGUAACCACCCUUUGCUUUGUCGACAGCGCUGCAAACCUUUGACCUUUGACCUUCUCUCAAUGAUUUUCUUCUUUUCUUCUUUCUUUUCUUCUUUUCUUGAGUCAAGAAAUGUCAAAAGUGCAAAGCAGUGGUCCAAGCAAAGGUGGCUACUUACAAAAAUCUGGAGCAAGUUUUGAGUUAUUAUGAAUGUAUUUUUAUGUGCUACGUUCCACAUGUGUUUAUUCCUAAUUCAAAAAAACAUAAAUGAAAAAGUGUGUCCAAAUUUUUGACUGAUGAGUGCAUAUGUGCAGUAUUAAAAAGUGUUUAAGUAAUCAAGGCAGUCAAAGUUGGACGGUAAUGUAACCUUGGAUAUUUCAUUUUCUACUGUGAGGAAAACAUCUCAUUAAAAAAACAAUAAAAAACAUCUUUGCAAGCACA